UCUUACCUACGCAAGUACGCAUAUACACUGUGAAGCGUAAACACGCCAGUGAUUGAGUUUGUAUCCAAUGGAAGUUUAUAUGUCAAAGCGUCGGAAGUGUACUUUAGUGCUUUAAUUUAAUGUGACGAAAGAAUAUGUGAUGUUGUCCUCGCUUGGCGUUCUGUAUUAAAACAGUAAUUUACUUGUUUUCGAAUUCUUGGGAAGUCACAAGGACAAGUUUGAAAAACAAGAGGAUAGGAGAAAGUUUAGUGCGUCGUCACAGGAAGGUUUACAAAUGACAUCGGUUGAUUCUGGCGUUGAAACUGGCAAUGACAGUAAUGAUAGUUGUGCGACACAUGAUCCACAGUCACCAACACUUGAAAUAACCCCAGCAAAAUUAAUUACGACGACUACGACCGACAUACAACAGACCCUUACUGUGUGUCAAACAGCAGUCGACAAAUCAUGUUCGACGACGGAUCAUGAUAUCCAGUUUCCACUAGUCAGGAUAAAGCCAGAUGACAAGGUUGUAAAUUUCCUGCUCCCUCUUCAAAGACCAAUUCCUGGAAUCGAUCCACCAGCUGGACUCACAUUCUGUAAUGUACAGCGCACAAGCCUUGGUCUUGGAAAUGGUUAUGAAGUGGUCAGGGCUGAGAACAAAGGUUAUGAUCUGACAGCUGUGUACCAGAAAUUUGAACUUCAGAGGAAACUCCGAGCUGUGCGGUGCAGGCUGAAGACUACUCGUGAAGCGUGGUUGCAGUUUAAAGGACCUCUCAAUGAGCGGAAGUUAAGACAUGCAUGCUCCACAAACAAUUUAGAUUUGGUUCAAGCCUUACUUGACAUGGGCGUCAACCCGAACUGUUACGAUGAUCAGCGCAGAUCACCAUUACAUCUUGCUGCAUGCCGCGGAUACGCCGAUGUUGUGAAACUACUACUAGACAAAGGAGCAAACCCUAAUCAGAGAGAUUCUCUUGGAAACACGCCUCUCCAUCUGGCUGCAUGCACAAACAAUUUGAGUGUUGUCACACUCCUGCUGAAGGCUGGAACUGAUGUAAGUUCGUUGGACUUGUUUGGACGAAAUCCAUUGCAGCUUGCUCAGGCAAAGCUGAAAUUGCUACAAAGAGGAAGUGACAAUGAAGAUUCAAAAUUUAUUAAAGGCGAAGUGCAAAAGGUCAUAGACAUGAUGAUGGCAUAUCUGCAAAAGAAAGGCCAACAAAUGGAAAUGGAGCUUUUAACUGCAUUCUCAUCCCGUGUGACCCUAAGCAACUCAAAAGAAGAAGUUGAAACUGAUGUGCGAGACUUGUUGGCGAGUCUUAACAAUUUGACCUUGGAUACAAAGAAAUGAUUAUUUUUGAAGAAGGCAGCUUGUGAUUUUGAUGAAGUCAAUUUUAGAUAUUUGGAUGUGUGACAGUGCGUAUAAAAUUUUCUGCAUACUUUCUCUAUUUUUAGUAUCUGUACUUAUAAUAGUGGCUGCUAUAGGAUUGAGUACCUCUUCUGUUCCUUGAUAGUCCACACUAAAUAAGAAUGUGGUUGUGAAAGAUGAACUGACAUUAUCAAGCAGUUGUCUUAUAUUUUUAGCUAGUUUCAUGAUUUUAGUAUCCUGCUGCAUAAGGCAGGUAGCUUGUGAAACAGUCAAGUAACUUAGGUAAGUAGAUUUAUUUUCAAAAAAAUAAAAAAGUAAGGACAGGAUCGGUUUGCAUUUGUUGCAAACUCACUCAAUGAUAUUAUCAAUAUGACUGAUACUGCAGUAUUGUUGUAUAUCUAAAGGACAUGAUACUUAUUAUACUUGGAGUGUUAAUCUUCACUGCCGCUCUUUGUAUGUGUGUGUGUUGUGCAUUAUAAAAAGAUUUUCAUACUAA